AUGAUGAUGUACUGUUUGAGGACAUUUGGGAGGAUUAAUGUCGGAAUGGCGGAGUUUCUUGUGGAAAAUGGUGCUAAAAAUGGCGCACUGGGCUUGUACUGCGAGAGCGCGCGACGAGUCUCGCGACAGAGGAGGUGUUUCAGUAACGGUUCCUCACAGCUUUACCUCAGCAAAGCAACUACUGAACAUACUGAACACCCAUUAACAGAGGGAGGUAGAGCAGGUGAAGGUCUCUUUUCAGGACUGGAGGAUUUGCUGUUCCACACCAUAACUGAUGGGCAGGACCGGAUCCCCAUCUCUCAUUUCAUCAAUGCUGUUAAAAGAACAGGUCUGCUGACAUCCGACCCCCGUCUGCGGGACUGUAUGGACAAACUGCGGCAAACUGUCCGAGAAUCCAACGGUGAUGUCAUGAUGGAUCACAAACUGUUUCGAAGGUGUGUCGGUGGAAACAUUGUCCUGCUCUCCCAAGCGUUCCGAAAGAAAUUUAUAAUUCCAGAGUUUGAGGCAUUUGUUGGUGUCAUAAAUCAGAUCUAUAACAGAGCUAAACAGCAACACGAAGGUCAAGUGGCAGACUACAUUCCACAUCUUGCCAAGUUCAGUCCCAGUCUUUGGGGGAUCUCACUGUGCACAGUGGACGGUCAGAGGCACUCAACAGGUGACACCAAGGUGCCAUUUUGUCUGCAGUCGUGUGUGAAGCCACUGGAAUACGCCAUUGCUGUACACGAGCACGGAACUGAACACGUCCACCAUUUUGUAGGGAAAGAGCCCAGUGGGCUAAAGUUCAACAUGCUUUACCUUGAUGAUGACGAUAAACCUCACAAUCCCAUGGUGAAUGCAGGGGCAAUCGUCAUCAGCUCUCUUAUCAAGCCUGGGGCCAACAAAGCAGAGAAAUUUGACUAUAUGAUGGACUUUGUGAAGAAAAUGGCAGGCAAGGAAUAUGUAGGCUUCAGUAAUGCCACGUUUCAGUCAGAAAAGGAGACUGGAGACAGAAACUUUGCAAUAGGCUACUACCUGAAAGAGAAAAAGUGUUUUCCUCCUGGGGUAGAUAUGAUUGACGCUCUAGACUUCUACUUCCAGCUGUGUUCUAUCGAGGUGACAUGUGAGUCAGGCAGCGUGGUGGCGGCCACACUGGCCAAUGGAGGAAUCUGUCCCAUCACGGGCGAGCAAGUGCUGAGCUCGGAGUCUGUGAGGAACACGCUCAGCCUCAUGCACUCAUGCGGCAUGUAUGACUACUCUGGGCACUUCGCCUUUCAUGUGGGAUUGCCUGCUAAGUCAGGGGUGUCUGGAGCUGUGCUCUUAGUGGUGCCUAAUGUGAUGGGGGUCAUGUGCUGGUCACCACCGGUGGACAGAUUGGGAAACAGUGUAAGAGGCAUCAGCUUCUGUCAGGAACUGGUGUCCCACUUCAACUUCCAUAAUUACGACAAUCUGAGACACUUUGUUAAGAAACAGGAUCCACGUCGACAGUCCGGUGAUGAAAGGAAGACUCCGCCGUCGCGAUCGACAACGCUCCCCAGCUGCCCAAUGCCGCUACUCCCCGGCUGCCCAACGUCGCUGCUCCCCUGUGGAUGUUUUUUUCCACUUGGGAACCCCGCCGUGAUGCUGCACAGGGAUCACCAGACCGCCGUUGACACACCCUGCACUCCCUUCACUCCUCUCCUUCACGCUACCUCUUUCUGUUUUUAUUUUGUAAAUAUUGUAAAUAAAACCGCACUAAUUCCCCUCCGAUCGCCUCCGUGUGUCUGUGCCUUGAAUCCUGCCUUGUGUGCACAGAGUUUGCAUGUUCUCCCCAUGCUUUGGAGGUUUCCUCCAGGUACUCCGGUUUCCUCCCCCUAAGACAUGCAUUAUAGGCAGACUGGCAUUUCCAGAUCGUCUGUAGUGUGUAAAUGGCUGUGUGAAUGUGUGUGUGCGCGAUAGUUAUCACUUGUAUAUAAGUUUAAAUCGUCACACUAUACAUCACCCACAAAGAUUGGAUCUACUUGGAAACACUGGGUCUUGACAGUCAGCCCAAUAGUUCUAGUUUCAUAGAAAACAAACUGCAUUAUUUUCCCUUAAAUGAGAGGCAGUGAGGGUGUAAAGACAACAAAGAAUUUAAGAAGGAUUAACGACUUGCUAGUUAGAUAAAUACGUAUUAGCGCUUGUUUGUAACAGAAUCUUAAAGGAGCAUUUUGUAUGGGUAGUUACAGCCCCCUGCUGCCUGCCUUUACUUUCUGUCUCACUGAACUCCUCUGCUGAAACUACAUACUAUGUGUGCGCUGCCUUUUAAGAAAAAAGCCAAGUCUAUAGCGUUGCAAUAUUCAGAAUCACUGUUUUUCUAAAACAAUCUUUAUAUAUAUAUAUAUAUGAUUAUUACAGGUGUGGAAAUGAUCUUAAAAUUAUAUUCUACACACUGAAGAGUGCUAUAACAUUUCUGUGCAGCAACAAUUAAAUCAUCUUGCUUUUACUGUCUUUGGUAAAGUGCAUGAGAUUUACUAUAGCUUCACUUAAUAUACAGUAUAAUUCAGAUCUAAAUGACUGGUCAAAAGUUUGUGGACACUCGACUGAAAUGUGUCUCAUGAUCUUAAGAAGCUUUUGAUCUGAAGGUGUAUGAUUUAAAUGUUUGAAAUCUGUGUUGUAGACAAAAAUAUAAUCGUGCCAACAUAUUCGUUACUUUCAUUAGAAAACUAACAAUUUAUUUACUUUUUUAAAAAAAUUAUUUUAAUGGACGACUUGGAGCGAAAUAUUCAGAAAAGCAGCCGAUAAGUGUCCAGCAUAGGUGUGAACUUUAAUACUGUUUAAAAAGCAUCUCGGGGAAAUUCCUCAAGAAAUCGGGUGAGAAAAUGCCAAGAAUACAUUUCCGGAAAUUCUAGGCAAAAAGGGAGUCUACUCUGAAGAUGUUAAAAUAAUAAAUUAUUUUAAUUUAAAAAAAUUUUUUUUAUCACAACAUAAUUCCCAUAGUUCCAUUUAUAUUACUCCAGAGUUUUGAUGACUUUAUUAUUAUUAUUAUUAUUAUAAAAUGUGGGGGGGGGAUAAAGAAUGAGUGUGUGCAAACUUUUGACCAGUAGUGUAUAUAAUAUAAUCAUAGUUUAGUCUUUGUGACUUGAGUUGGAAAAAUGCACAUACUGUACCUAAAGUCGCAUUUCACUCAGGACCACUUGAGGUUAAGGUCUGUUUUUAGUUUUCAUCUGCAGGACAUAAACAUCACUGCAUUAAAUGUAGUUGUAAGUAGUUUGUAAUCUUCACACAGUCAUUAAGGAUGUUUUAUUUGUAACAAAUCUAUUUGCUUGUAUUGGAGAUUCACAGAAACAUUCACGCGUUAUAUAUU